CGCCUGGGCUGUGGCCACUGGCCACCACCACCACCUACACCGCGAUUCAUUUCGGGGGUAUUAAACGCCCACCACCGCAGCACGCCAUGCCACGCCGUGUCGCGGGGGCACUGCUGCUUACACCCGCCAUUUUUAAUACCACGCCGCGCCGCUCGGGGUGGAGCUAAAGCUAGUCGCUGACUGACGCUGCCCGCCGUGUGGCCGUGCAUUGCUGUCCCUGAGCUUGCUGCUGCUGGUGGUGGUGACGAUUCUGCUCGGUAGAGGAGAUGCGAGUUGGGGGUGAGCUCCACAGCGGCGGCGGAGGAGGAGAGGGGGUGUUGGUGGGGAGGGGAUGGAGGAAGGAGGAGGCGGAGGGAGGCGGCGGCGGCGGCGGCGGCGGCGGCGGGUGCUCGGCGAGCUCGACGAGCCGGGGAUCGUCUCUCUGCGACUCGCCUUUGCCCAGCUUUGUGCGCCAUCGUGGUGGACCGGGGUCAGAUCUAGAGCUCGAUGGGUUGCCCACUUCCUCCUCCAAUGCUUCCUCAGGGUCACACGAGGAGGAUCACGGGCCAUUGCAAGGGGUGAAGGGAGAGGGGUGGAUGCAAGUGCAGGGACCGAUCAAGAACUCAGCUGCCCGUUCUACCGGAGAAUGCCAAGACCAGCGGUACCGGUUGGGGUCUGUUCUUUUCCAUGGUAAGAAUGAACGGAAGCAGCGCCCGGCUUCAGUUGAUUUUGGCUGCCCCAGUGUUGACAGAUCCUCCACGCAUUCUCCGGGUUUCUUGGUCAAUGGUACCGGGGCGAUGAACAAGGGAUUGAGUGUAUCAUCGCAAAAUAAACCAGGUGCGCCGACUAGCCCAGGAACACCAAGCUACAAUCGUCAGGGUGCAACAGUUGUUGGGUAUCAGCAGGGUUGGAGCUCUGAAAGAGUUGCCCUGUCUUCAAACGGCCAGAGAAGGCAUUCAGGCAACAGCAUGGUGUUACCACAUAAUACUGGGAGAACAUUGCCCUCAAAAUGGGAGGACGCAGAGAGGUGGAUCUUCAGUCCGAAUCCCAGCAAUGCACUUGGAAGGACCUCAAUCCCGCAGUCGCGGCGACCUAAGGCCAAAAGUGGACCUCUUGGACCUCCUGGCAGAUUUAGUGAACCAUACUCAUCAGUUUCGUCAUCGUCAUAUUUGCUUGACACCGGGAGAGUAGGAAACCUCACGGCAAACUCACCUUUCCUGGCUGGGGUCUUGCUGCCUGAGCAUGUUUGUGUGUCCAGUAGCCAUGCUGGAAGGGAUCUAAGUGGUGCAUCUGGUGAGGAUAAAAGCAAUGGCAUGGGAGGCAGGUCUGGUGAAGCAAAUGGUGCACAUCCUGCCGUGUGGUCUACCAGAGUUUGCCAACGAAUGGAUAGCGCAGUUCAGUCGUCUCCGUCAUUGCCUACUUCCCAAGAAUCAGUUCAAGCUUGCACAGAUGAACAGAUCGAAAUCACAACAGACUUGACCACCAGCAGUAAACCUGAAAUUUCGAGAAAAGAUGUGGCAACACAGACUAGCCCUGAGCUUAGCAGGUCAUCUUCUCCUAGCGGGAGGCCUUCAUUUUCCCGCUCACUAUCAGUACAGCAAGUCAAAGAGUUGGAGAGCUGUUUCUCUAAGCUUGAGAUAAGGGAUGUGCAGAUGGAUGAUCGGGUUACUCUGACCAGGUGGUCCAAGAAACAUGUCACACGAGGCUCUGAGAAGAACUCGACAAACAUUAUAGAGUGGAAGAAAAAGACAGUGGAAUCUAAAUCUUCUGCCUGGGAAGUAACAGAAACUGCAAAGUGUAUAUCAAAGAUUGAGGGAGAGGAAGCAAAGAUGACUGCAUGGGAGAAUCUGCAAAAGGCAAAAGCAGAGGCAGCAAUACAAAAGCUUAUGAAACUUGAAAAGAAAAGAUCAUACUCACUGGAGAGGAUUUUCAAUACCCUCAGGUCAGCUCAUAGGAAAACACAUGUGAUACGCAGCACAACUACCACAAAUCUUGAUCAGCACAUCUCCAGGACUGUGAAAAGGCCAUCACACCUUAGCAAGAAUGGCCAAAUGAGUUCGCUGAGUGGGUGCUUCACUUGCCAUGCCUUCUAGUAUGGUAUUAUACAGUCAAGCGGCACUGUCACUUUCAAGAUGGAAUUGGAGGGGGGAACCAAAAGGCUUGCUAGUAUAGAAUACAGAUAAGACCUAGCAGGGGAAGCCGAGGCUCUCAAUGAUAUCCAAUGGUCUGUCAUUACAAGAUUUAUUCUAGAAUUUCCCUUUUUAUUCUGCUCAGGAACAAAAGGAAGUUGACGCAGAGGGAAGGAGUUGUUACUACACACCUUGUGAAGUAUUUGUAAUAAUAAAAAUCUCUGCCUAUACUCUUCAGGGCGGAGUGGUAUCAUAAAAACUACAAUAUGUCAAUUCCAACCAUUCCUCUUUUAUACAGCAAAAUUUCAUCCACUAUUAGACUCUAGAGAGCAAAGAUUCUUCUUGUAACUAUGAGAACACGCUGUCUAUUGUGCUUCAAGCCUUGAACCGGAAUAGUUAGAAGAGUACCAUGACUUUUUUUUUUAA